GUACCGCAAGUGAUCAAUGUCCCGAGGAAUAUAUGCAAUGGAUGUGUAAAUCAGCUUGAAGAAAUAUUAAUGUUCAUUGAAGUUGCCAAGAUUAAUGAUGCCAACAUAGAAAUAAAAUCGAUUCUAGGAAAAGACGUCGAAUAUCCAAAUCGUAUUGAAAGUGGAAAAUCUGAGUGCAGGAUAACAAAUGAUGAAUCAGUUGAUGAAUAUAAGAAGGAAGACAAAUUCAGACAGGAAAGUGUAAUUUGUCGUAUUUGUUCAUCUACAAGUAAUGGAUUUCGAAUCGAAAGGGAAUCGCAUUUAACUCAACUGAUUCUAAAUGUUACUAACAUAGAUGUUGAAAAUGAAAUCUUCACAUGUGUUGUAUGUAUAGACAAACUGGAAAAAAUGUCAGCGUUCAUCACCUCGUCUUUAGCUAAUGAGAGAAAACUAGACAAUGCUAUUAGCAUGGAGCAUAUUGUGAAAACAGAAAAUAAUUCAAAUUGCAUCAAAAUUGAAUCUUCUACAUGUGGAGAUUUCAAUUCUGAAGGGGACUUCGAACAAAAUGAAAUUACAAAUGAGAAAGAAUUUGUAGAUGUGAAACAAGAAUUUACUGAGAUCAAGAAAGAGUUUUUCGACAUCAAAGAAGAAAGAAUGGAUGUCACCGAGGAUGCAAAUAAACUGUCAACUCCACCAGUGCAAUCCUACGAAAGCGAAUCCGAAUUACACACGCCAAUUCCCCCUGGAAAUUCGUUCCAAUGUAAAUUUUGUCAAGGCGUGUUUGCAACUAAGUCGAAUUUGAAACGACAUAUAGAUUCUUCCAAUGAAAAAAAGCCAUUCCGGUGUCAAUUCUGCAAAGAAGUAUUUAUUCAAAAGUGUCAGUUGAAAGGUCAUCUGCUGACUCACACUGAAAAAAAGCCUCUCCAAUGUCAUUUCUGCAAAAAAUUUCUGCCUGACAAGGAUACUUUGAAAGAACAUUUACUCACUCAUAGUGAAACUACUGAAAACAAAAAGGCAUUCCAAUGUAAUAUUUGUAAGGAUAAUUUCGACGAGAAACGUGAACUGAGUGUCCACUUACUCAGUCACACCAAAGAAUUACCAUUUCAAUGUGAUGUUUGCCAAAAGCGUUUUCCCCUGAAAUCAAGUUAUAAACAGCAUAUGGUCAGGCACGCAGGAGAGAAGCCUUUUAAAUGUGAAUACUGCCAAAAAGAUUUCGCAGAAAAGCAUAAUUUGAGCGUCCAUUUGAUCUCUCACACUGGAGAAAAACCACACAAAUGUGAUUGCUGUGAGAAAAGAUUUUCCCACAAAAGUAAUUUAUACCGUCAUUUACUCACCCACACUAACAAACGGGAUUUUCAAUGUAGUUUGUGCGAAAAACGUUUUCUUCUCAAAACACAUUUGAAAGAGCAUUUUCGAUGUCACACAGGAGAAAAGCCGUUCCAGUGCCAGUACUGUGAAAAAUCGUUCGUAAGGUCGAGUAUUUUGAAGAAACAUAUGAUCAUUCAUGUUGAUGAUACAGAAAACAGGUGUGCUAUUUGCAAUGAAUUUUUUGCUACAAAGUAUCUUUUGCGCCAGCAUAGGCUCACCCAUGAAGGAAAAAUGCUUUAUACGUGUGAGACGUGCAAUAAAAGUUACACUGCCGUCAGCAGUUUGCGGAUGCACCACCUUAAAUACCCAGAUCAUAAGUAACACAUGUUAUGCUGCUUAGUUUCACUGUUCACGACAUUUUAUGGAAAAAAUCCAAGCAAGAGAAGAUUCCAUCGAGGCUGUUAUUUCCUGCAUAGUGUGCUAUCCCACACUAAAAAAGGGCAGUUGAAAUGAAGUCCAUUCAAUGUCAUGUGUUUUGUAGCUCCAUAUGUGAAUAAAUGUUUAUUCUACUA